CCGCACUCGUGCCUCAGCUCUCGCCGCGACCGCACGCCAUGGCGCCCGCGUCCUGAGCGCUCCGACUCCUCAUCGUGUGUGCUGUGACCUGUGACUUACGCACGCUGCUCGUCCUGCUGCUGACAUGACCCGAUCUAAGGGCGUCAUGUCGUCUUCUGGGGUCCACAUCUCCCUGCUGCUGGUGUCUCUCAGCCUGGCAUUAAGUAACGCAGGUCCUCUACCAAAUGUGACGAUGGUCGACAUUGGACUAAAACAAGGGAGCUGCGCAGUCGGGGACGUGGUGUAUAUGUCGGGCGACUCGUUCCCGGGAUCCAGCGCCUGCGAGCGCUGCGCCUGUUCUGCUGGGGAGGUGUCGUGUGAGAAGCAGCGCUGUGAACCUCGUCCUGGUUGCAAAGCCGUCCAUCGCCCCGACCACUGCUGUCCGACCUAUCAAUGUGAAUGCGAACAAGAAGGCCGCAUCUACGGGAACGGAGAAAAGCUGGUGGACCCUCACGACCCGUGUCGCGUGUGCUACUGUCAGGGUGGGGAGGUGGUGUGCCGACGCAUUGCCUGCUUCCUCCGAGACGACUGCCGUCCGCGUCUCGUUCCUGGCCGUUGCUGUCCCGAAUAUGACAACUGUCCGCUCAGAGGAGUAACAUCUUUACCUGGUAUGGCUUCAACGUCAAGUGUUUCGUCUGUGGAGGAUGGUGAGAGUAGCAUGGCACCAGCUGAACCGGUGGAACCUCCAAAGCCUGUCAUCACUAUAAAGGAAAUCACUCCUGUGUCUGAAAUUCCUGUAACAGAUGUAAAAAUUAAAGAAAUUUUACCUUCUCCUGGCAUCGAAGAAGUAGAAGUAUAUACAUCUCCGAAAUCUCAACUGAUAGCUCGAGAGGCGACCUCUGAAAGGAAUGUCAAUGAAACAGAAUCAGACGCAAAACAAGAGUCCUCCGAUACAAAAGAUGUUUCAUUAUCGUCUAAGAUACCUACUAACUACAAUCCAGCGAAUUCCGAUAAUCCUAAUGACGGGACGCCUACAAAGAUCACUGUGUCAACCGUCGACAGCAAUAAUGAAGAUUUUGCACUUUCUAAAAUAUCAAAUGUAGUGGCAAUGAUGGGAUCUCCUUCUGAGCCAGACUCUCACAUGUUAUCUUUAACUACUAAAGCACCUGUAAUGGAAGAGGAAGAUUUGUCUUUUCUCGAUCACAAUCCCGCCUUCCCGCCGAUACCUGAUGAUUUAUCAGUAUUGACUAAUCACGACGAUGAAAUAUUACCAGAACAAAACUUGGAUAUUGAGCAUGGAGCCAUGGAUCAUGAGGUAAAUAAUGUCGCAUCCCCUGUUGUAACUGAGGCACCGAUCUUCAAAGAAGCUACAACACUAAAUCUCAUCUCUAGUGCAGCUGUAGUCACGAAAGAGAAUUCUCUGGAAACUAUUGAAACAAGUACGCAUAGAUUAAUCGAUAAUACACCAUCACCAAUCACAAAAGAUAAUCCUAUGUUAAAUAUGCGAUCUGUAAUACCAACUGAAAUUUUAAACGCCCCUUCUUUAAUAUCGGAUGAGGUAACUGGAGAUUUGUUAGAUGUUACUGAAAAUCCUGCAGUGUUAUCUUCUACUAGCGAAAAUGUUAAUUCAACAGAAUAUCCUCUCAGUACCUCUGAAGAAAAUAAAGAACUUGCAACGCACACAAAUAUGUCAUAUGCGGUAGAGAACGGAACAUUCUUAAACCCCGAAGAAUUUGCCGAUAGUUCAAGUAGCAGUGAAGCCGUUACUCCUAAAGUAGACCAAGGGUUCACAGAAUCUUUAAUGACAAGUAAUGGAAAGGGUUCGGACGAGACGACAAAUUCUUUAUCCAAAUCCACUGACAUUAUUUCCCAAACCGAAUUUAGUUCUAUUCCUAUAGAAACCAGUGACCAGAAUCCGCACGAAACAAUAGACAAGGAACGUAACGAUACGAUAGACUCUACUGUGAACUCUUUGGAAUUAACGUCAUUGCAAUCUGUUCCUAACGAGUCUGAGAUUGAUACCGUAUCGAGAAAUAUACCAAUGGAAUUAAAAGACCAAUCUUUUGAAAAUUCAGAAACUACAGAAUUUAUACUCACGUCUUUUGGAUCCCAGGAAAUUACUACGGAUCCCGUUGAGUUAAUAAACCCUGGAUCUGAUAGUGACAGAAACUCAGCUUUCAUCGAUCCAUCGGGAGGGCGCAAAACGAAUGUUCUCACUGAUCUGAUAAACUUAGUUGGUGACGUGGCUUCCAUAAGCGAUCACACAGAAGCCUCCGACAUCGAGCGACAGACACUGAAACCUACAACUAUCUCAGAUUCUGAGGAAUUGAUUCCAGUCAAUGUAGCGUCAAGCUACAAGAGCAAAAAUAAAAAUUGGAAUCAGAACUCCAUAACUGAGGUGCCGUUUAAAACUAAGGUUUCUAAACAAAAAGUUGUAGAAAUUGAGGGAGAAGACGCGGACACCAUCACUGACUCUCCCCCGCCAUAUGAUAAAGUCGAACCAACGACUCGCCGCACCCUCAUAGAUAAUGUGUCAGAUGACAAAGUUGAAAACAACACCAAAAUAACGGGUAAAAAAGAUAUAGAGAUUAUAACUCAAUCAUACGUACCAACCAUACAAAGGAGGCCGACGAAGGUUGUCUUGAAGGGCGACGAAUCCUCCGCCGAAGAAGACGGAACGACAGCCGAUCCUGCGCUUGUUAAAGAUAAAGACGAGAACAAUACUUCAAUAGAGGCCGAGACCUCUACAGAAGUCCACUUCAUGGAGUCCGAAUCGUCGGAACGGUCUACAGCCGAGCCGAGCGCCGCGCAGUAACCUGCUGCCGGCGGCCUCGGCCGAGUCGCAGCUCAUUAGUAUUCGGUAGAUAUUAAGUUUCGUUAUUGAAACUAUAAGUUACGUAGAGACUAUUACGUUUGUAGUUUAUGUAUUCCAUAUCAGAUUAAUUCGAUUGUCUGUCAAUUGAUAUAUUUAUACACGUACGUUAAGUAGGCGCCAGAAAAUCGAUUGAAUUUAUUAAUUGUAUCGUAGUUGGACAAAUUAUUUAUAAUAGACGUCGUAGAGCGGCGCGCGGCCCCGUGGGAGCGCCGGUCGGGCGUUUACAGCGAGGUUUAAUGAGAGUUAAGAAAGCUUUUUUAGUGGUAAGUUAUUUAUUUUAGUGAGUGUAACGUGAAUACACGGACAAUAAGUAAACAAUUGAGCUAGUCAACGAGCGGCAGCGGGCCACUUCGUGCCGCCAGCUAUCCAAGCUCAGACGACGCUGUCUCGUAGCAACAUUCCACGUGCAUAUAUUUAGAAGAAUGAACUGAGAGGGAUCCUCCCGGUCCAGGCGAGCGACCUGCGACCUGCGACCUGGUACAAACGAGUAACCUUAUGACUGGUCGUUAUCGUACUAGUAUGUAUGUUAUCGCACAAAAGAUACUCUUAUAUUAAUUGCACUCUAUAUAAAUUUUCUGAGAUCUACAAGUUUAGGAAAUCUAUUACUUUCCUGAGAAGGCUCAAAUUCGUAUUAUUUAUGUAUAGCUAUUGUAUCCGUCGGUCUGUAGUGCCGCGCGUCUGUCGGCGGGUUGUUUCUCGCGUGUUUGUUUCAGCCUAUCGUUGUGUUUAUGUACCGUAAGUUUCGCUCACCCGUGCUCCGUCAAUGCUUCUUCUUGCUCCGGAAGACCGUAUCUUUUCCCGGGCAAUAAGGCAUGUGCAUUCUUAUUUUAUUCAAAAAUAUUGUUUUUUUUUUACAAAUAAAACGGAAUUAGACUGAA